UAUUAUCUCAUUUUUCGUUUGCGAACUGCGCAUUAUACGCCUUUGUUCUGAAAAAAAAAUUAUUAAAUUAAAUAUUUGCAAGAGAAACUCACCUGAAACAUACCAAACGCAAAAAAUUAAACUGCCAGCCAAUAAAAUCAUUGCAUAAUUAACAAUAAAACGAAUUGUAAACUUGCUAAAAACAAUAACAACAACGAGAAGGAGAAGGAAAACAAACAAAUCAGAGAAAAGAGACGGAGACAAAGAAAAAUAGUGAACAAAUUACUUGAAAACAACAACAAGCCCAACUACAACGAAAUUGCGCAUAUUUUCGUGUUGUGGGGCCAGCAGCUCAGCUGAUUUCACAUAUCAAGAAGACAUAAAAUCAAAAUGUUGGACCUGGAAAUAGUACCCGAGAUCUCGCUAGGCUGCGAUGCCUGGGAGUUUAUCUUGGGCAUGCAUUUCUCCCAGGCAAUAGCAAUCAUUCAGUCCCAAGUGGGCAUCAUCAAAGGUGUCCAGGUGCUCUAUUCGGACACAAAUCCCUUGGGGGUAGAUAUUAUAAUCAAUUUGCCUCAGGAUGGUGUUCGCCUGAUCUUUGAUCCAGUUGUACAGCGCCUAAAAACCAUUGAGGUGUUCAACAUGAAGUUAGUGAAACUGAAAUACGGCGGAGUCUACUUUAAUUCACCUGAAGUGCUGCCAAGCAUAGAGCAAAUCGAGCAUUCAUUUGGAGCCACCCAUCCUGGUGUAUAUGAUGCAGCCAAACAGCUUUUUGCCCUACAUUUUCGUGGAUUGAGCUUCUAUUUCCCAGUCGACAGCAAACUGCAUUCAGGCUAUGCACACGGUUUGGGCUCUCUGGUGUUCCUUAAUGGCGCCUCGCCUGUGGUCUCCAAAAUGUCUCUGUAUGCAGGCAGCAAUGUGUCCGAAAAUCGUGCCCCUUCACUGCCGUUGGCCUGUUAUCAUAGACAAAUGUAUUUGGAAUCGGCUACUGUGAUGAGAUCUUCGUAUGGUCAUACAAAAGGUUUGAAGCUGAAACUUUUCACCGAAGGUUCAGGACGAGCUUUGGAGCCCAGGCGACAAUGCUUUACCAGGGAACUACUUUUCGGAGAUAGCUGUGAAGAUGUGGCCACCAAUUUGGGUGCCCCCAACAGAAUAUUCUUCAAGAGUGAGGAUAAAAUGAAAAUCCACAGCUCGAGUAUCAACAGACAGGCACAGAGCAAACGCAGUGACAUCUUCUUCAAUUACUUCACCCUGGGCAUAGAUGUUCUCUUCGAUGCGCGCACACAGACCUGCAAGAAAUUCAUCCUGCAUACCAAUUAUCCCGGACACUUUAAUUUCAAUAUGUAUCAUCGGUGUGAGUUUCAAUUCCAGUUAGAAUCGGAUCACCCCAUUGGAGGCGGCACCAAUGCAAGCGACAAUAACCUCGAUCUGGUUACGCCCACAAAAACAGAUUAUGUCAAUCUAACUGCUUAUACCAAAUGGGAUGAGAUAAGUGGCUCGCUGGCAACUUCCGAGCGUCCUGUGGUCUUGCAUCGUGCCAGCUCAACGAAUACAGCAAAUCCCUUCGGUUCGACCUUCUGCUAUGGCUAUCAAGAUUUGAUAUUUGAAGUGAUGCCCAACAAUCAUAUAGCUUCGGUUACUUUAUAUAAUUCAGCACCACCGCGGCAGCCAGCCCAUUCCUGGCAGCAGCACAAAAUGCAAGAUAUACGCCUAACAGUGGCCUAAAUUUUUGAUUUCCCAAUUAACUCAAUCAAUCAACAAAUUUGCUGCUAAAAAACAAGAAAAACAAAACAAAAAAAAAAACAAAAACAUUUAACCGAGGAUGUGGGCUCUAUGAUGCUUGUCAUCUCAUCGUAUAUACAUACAUACAUACAUAUAUCGUCGUGUUCUAACUUUUAAGCCACACACACACAAAUGAUCUAACCUAGGCUUAAAUUAGUUACAUAAAUAUACAAAUAUAUAUCUUAAAUAUAUAUAGAAUUUCUAUUUUGUAAGAUAAGUAACUAAACAAUUGCAAUUCAAUUUGAUCUGAUCCGAAUUCUCUUAUAAUUUUCAUAUUCCACCACAUUUUGUUUCAACUCUUGACCCUACGACUCAUCGUAAAAUUAAUAACUAAUUUAGCCUUGUAAUUUUAAUGAAAAAAAAACAAAUAUUAACAUAACAAAUUGCAUGUCGUUAAAAUAUUUCAAUAUUUUUAAGCUCAAACACACGUGUAUUUCUCUUUAAAAAAGAA